AUGGGUGAGAGCAGAGGCGCCGACGCGUCUCGCGGAGCCAGCCCCAAACGGCCCAACUUUCUGGUCAUCGUGGCCGACGAUUUGGGCUUUUCGGACGUCGGGGCGUUUGGGGGGGAAAUCAAGACACCGCACAUCGACAGCCUGGCCACCGACGGGAUCAGAUUAACGGACUUUCAUGCCGCGGCGGCCUGCUCGCCCACCAGGUCAAUGUUGCUCAGCGGCACCGACAACCACAUUGCUGGGCUAGGCGCCAUGGCCGAGUCGGUCCAAGAGUUUCAGAAAGGGCAGCCCGGCUACGAAGGGUAUUUGAAUGACCGGGUAGCGGCGCUCCCGGAGCUUCUCCACGACGUUGGAUAUCUGACCUUCAUGUCGGGAAAGUGGCAUCUCGGGAUGACGCCGGACCGGUACCCGUCACGUCGGGGCUUUGACCGGUCGUUUAGUCUGCUGCCGGGCGCCGCCAACCACUACGGUUGGGAACCGCAGGUCCAUGAAAAGAUCCCUAGGGUUUUUGAGAGAAACAGCAGUUUUUAUGUCGAAGACGACACGCCAAUUGCCCCGGCAGAUCUGGGCAAGGACUUCUACUCAUCCGACUCCUUCACCACCAAGCUGUUGCAGUAUUUCGAGCAGCGAGACGAUCGCCAACGGCCGCAGCCAUUCUUCGCCUAUCUCCCCUUCUCGGCACCACAUUGGCCGUUACAGGCCCCAGAGGAAGACUGCCGGGAAUACCGGGGUCUGUACGACGAGGGACCGGACGCUCUAAGACAGAAGCGGCUCGCGCGCCUGGUGGAACUGGGGAUCAUCGCACCAGGCACAAAACCGCACGAUGUUAUCACGCCGCCCGUCGACCGGCCUCUCACGCGUGAAUGGGAUAAACUAACAGAUUCGGAGCGCAAGUUCUCCUCACGAACCAUGGAGACGUACGCGGGAAUGGUGCACAAUAUGGAUAGAAACAUCGGUCGGGUCCUCUCCUAUCUCAAAUCGACGGGUGAAUUGGACAACACGGUGGUCAUCUUCAUGUCGGACAAUGGUGCCGAGGGCUUGCUUUUGGAAGCCUACCCCGUAGUGAAGGAGAACAUCUUUGACUAUAUCGACCGCUACUACGACAACAGUCUGGACAACAUUGGCCGGCCCAACAGCUAUGUCUGGUACGGGCCUCGCUGGGCGUCCGCCGCCACGGCGCCUUCCCGGUUGUACAAGUCCUUCUCCUCGGAGGGGGGCAUCCGCGUCCCCUUCAUUAUAAGGUACCCGGCUUUCACCGCGAAAAGGGCCGCCGGAACGAUUGAGAAAGAGUUUGCAACGGUCAUGGACAUUGCGCCAACCCUUCUUGAUCUUGCGGGCAUUAAGCAUCCAGGGUCCGUUUACAGAGGUCGUCCCAUCGUGCCCAUGCGUGGCAAGUCCUGGGUCCCGUACUUUUUUAACCCCGAUGCACAUCGUCACAUCCAUGGUGACGAUACAGUGACGGGGUGGGAGCUCUUUAAUAGACAAGCGCUCCGCAAGGGUGAGUGGAAGGCCGUCAUGAUCCCAGAACCUUAUGGGCCAGGAAAGUGGCAGCUGUACAACCUGGAAACAGACCCGGGCGAGACUGAUGAUUUGGGAGCAACCUUCUCGGAUAAGCUUCAGGAGCUUCUAAAACAUUGGGAUGAGUAUGUGAAGGAGGUGGGCGUUGCAGGUGCGGCGCCGCAAUACGGUGUUCUUCGAGUUCAAGCCUGA